AUGUCGGUUGCUGUCCUCUGUCUCCUCGCCGUGACCGUACUCUCCGCCUCGCCGGCCACCGCCUCCGACACCGAUGCUCCACGAGCUGCUCCACACCGUCAGGUCGUCACUCUCCGUCACCGCGAAGUCCCUCUCUACUCCUCCAUUGCCGCAUUUGACUAUUUCGGUAUGUGGGCUCUGGAGACGUGUGAGGCCGCCGUUCGUCGUGAUGACACCAGCAAGGGGAAACUUGCCAAGAUGGUGAUGACGAUGGAUGUGUGCAGAGAGCGAGCUUAUGCUUACUCCUACGUUGGCUGUAACCAUCAGUGCAAGAAUCUUUUCGACCUCUACAUAGCAGUCUGUGAAGAGAACCGCCAAAUCGAGGUGGGCGAGAUGAAAGAAAUCUGUUGUCCCAUAGUCUACAGAACCAGUACACUGGAAGAGAACCGUGCGGAGCAGAGAGCACAGGCAGAGAUCUAUCCACACUAUUUUGAAAAAUGA